AUGCAGUGGGCAACGAUGUCGUCUCAGAGCCGUCCACGCUGCCAGAUCGCUUCCGGACACUUUUCGCUGCAUUCCAUGGAGAAGCACUUGCGCCGCAUGAAGUUCGGCAAGAGCAUCAAGUGGCGGGACACGCAUGUCCAGAGCGAGGACCUCCGCAAAGAGAUCACCGAGCUCUUCGACAAGUUCUCCAAGCUGGACCAUGAGCUGCAGACCAGCAAGGCGCAGCGCCACACGCCCUGGGACCAACGCCUUGAGCAGCUCAAUGCCAAGAUCGGGGAGAAGGAGCUCGUUCACAACCACUUGCUCCACCAGAAGCACAAGCUCGAGAGUGAGCUCACGAGCCUGCGGGCGGAGCAGAACAACGUGCAGAAGGAGCUGCAGGACCUCAAGGAGAGGAACCAGAAGGUGACGAAUGAGAACCUGCCCCGCUUGGAGAAGAUCAAGGUCCUGCUCAAGGAGACCUGGUCAGAGGUCGAUCGCCUCACUGCGGACGCCGCGAUGCUGUCCUCCAUGUUCCGGCAGCAGGUGGAGGAGUAUGAGAGCGCGGUGAAGGAGCGGGACGCGGUCUCCUCUGAGCUUUCCAAGGUGCAAAAGUCCUUGAAGCGCCACAAAGACGAGAUCAUGUUCAAGGAGGACGAGCUGCAGAAGAAAGACACGCUGUACCAAAGAACAGUCGACGCGAGAAAAGAUAUCCUGGAGAGUUACCAGCGGCAGAAGGAUGCAAUCAAGGAUGUGGAAGAGCGCCAGGGCGAGCAAAACGAGGUGUGGUACCAGCUGAGCUCAGAGGCCAAGCAGCGCGACAGGGUCAUCCGGGAGCUGAGGGAGCAGAUUAAUGUUGCCAACCAGAAGGUGGACUUGCUCGAGCAGCAAAAGAAACUCUACAUGGAAGAGUUCAAGAAGAAGGUGGGCAAGCCGUGUGGUAUGCUUCUGGAGCAGUUCAAGAACCCAGAGCGGUCUUAG